AUCUUUGACUCGCUGUACGUCAGAGGGAAUUUCCAGAGGGGAAGGAAAUCCAACUUUGAGAAGUUCAGUAAUAAAGUCCGGUUCACCUGCAGCAGAACCUCAACACUGGACUUUUACUCUGUGUUUCUGGGUGUUCGUGGUUCCGAAGCGGGGAUCCUGACGCUGUGAGCGGGCCUGGCUGCAGUAAAUGGACCCGCAGCUUCAGAAUGAGGAGAUAAAGUGAAGUGGACCGAGGAGGACCGUCACUUCGAGUUCAUGAGAAGAACCAAAUACUGAGCCGACCUUCAGAACCGGGUAAGAACGGGUCACCUGUCCGUUCCAGUCAGAGAUCACUCCUGUCUUUAUUAUCAGCAGAGAUCUCUUCAUCAGGAGCCGUUAGUCAGUCAGCAGCUCGCUUUGUUGUUCCACUUCCUUAUUAACCAGGUAACUUUCACAGACGGCCCACCAAACUCCAGCUGUAAAACUCAGCCUUUAAAGUUUGACUCCCUUAUCGGCAGUCAUAUUAAAGUUUCAGGUCAUUAAUAGAAGUUUUAUUUGUAAUGUUAUAACCACAGGUAAAUUCGGCUAACAUAUGCCGAACAUGAUGUCCUUUUAUUGGACUUGAGCUCCUCAUUUACCCCCCGCUGCCUGGGCUUCAGAGGCAGACUCCUGAACGGUGAAAACUCAUAAAAAACAAGUCCUUCCCGUAAUUAAUUCACGAUUUUGUGAACUUAACAUCUGCCGAAAGCAGGACUAGAUUGAUCCGACUCUUAUUUAUUCCACUUAAUGUUCUGUAAGUCAAUGAUUUAAGGUGAUCAGGAACAGGUCUUAAACUGACAGAUUUAUUCAUGAGGUUUGGUGUUGCACUCUCUAUACGGAACCAAUAGAGGCUAGCUCUCAGUUAGCAAGGACAGGUUCGGGUUUGACUCCUUCACGAACUUCAGUGACUCCAAACAAACAACAGCUGUCUAAAAAUAGUGAAAUUAAAGAGUUUGAAAUCUUCACACAGUCACUUUAAAGUCAUUAACUCAGAAAUGUUACUCUAAGCUGUUAGCUAAGGAGCUAAACAAGCGCGUUCAUGAAGGCGAUGCGGGAACGCGCAAUGCUAAGGCGCAACAAGUGUCAGAGAGGUUAUUUUAAUAUAAUAUUAAUGUUAAAACGGGAUAAAGACAAUGUCUUCAUGAACAUCAGUUUACCCAUAUCUGAUCAGAGAUUUACAGGAUUCACUCUAAUUUUCUGUUCUUAUCAAUCACUCAUCAAUACAUCAAUACAUCGACUACCAAAGGUUCAAAAUACUGCAGUAAGAUUCCUCUGCAGACCUUAAAACAGAGAUCACACCUUUACUAACAUCACGGACUUCCUGUUCAGUUUAGAUUAUCCUACAAAAUUCAACUGUCUGCAGAAGACUGAUCACAACACUGGACUGAUAUGACCAUCAAACAAGACCCUCAGAUCAUCACACCAAGGUCAUCUCACUGUACCAAGGUCAUCUCACUGUACCAAGGUCACACAGAAAAACCUUUUCAGUCGCUGCACCGAGGUCAAUCGGCUCCCUGAAAUUAGUCCUCUGCCUCUUUAAACUUGGAGCUCAUUGUUUCAGCAGAACUUCAGAUUGUCUAACAGAGAUCUGAAAACAGGUUCUGAAGUGACCGUGGUCCAGUUUCAGCUCCUGAACCGAGCAGAGAAACUCACCAAGUUCUCUUCUUUUGUCUAAUAUUGAUCCUCCUGAGCUUCGUUUCUUUUCUUUAGAGAAAACUAAAGGACGACCAACUCACCAUCACUUCAAGUUGAAGUAGACUCCACUUUAGUCUUCUCACUUCCACCCUGGACGCUGUAGGUAAGGGAAGGUCCCGCCCUCCUUCGCCUCUGAUUGGCUAUAAGUACUGACUGUUUGGCUUGAGCGUGUGAUGACGUUUCCAGCUUUUCUAGCCAAUCAGAGGCGAAGGAGGCGGGACUUUCCCCCGGAAAAGUCUUCCCUUGGAUGCGUCUUUUUUCCCCCCGGAAAGUCGCUGUAGAACAACGUGCCGUUAACCCUCCGAUCUGCCGACUCUGUGGACUGUUUCCUAAAGACUUUGACUCUCUCACUGUCUCAUAACCUCAGUUCUCAUCUGACUUCAGUUCUAACCGCGUCCUCUCUCCUCUCCUCCGACUAAAGUUUGUUUUUACUUUUAUCAUAAACUGUUUUUUUUUUUUGUUCCUGCUGUAAAGAACUUUGUUUUUUAAAGUCGAUAAAUAAAGUCGCCUCGACCGAUGACGCCAUUUUAAAGGUUCCAGUUCUUUAAGAGGUCAAAGGUUAAAACCUGAGAGAGACUGAGUGGAUCAUCGUCUACAGAAGUCUCUGUACUAAAGGGGGACCAGGACCAAAACCAGGACUGGAUGGUCCUGAUCUUCAGGGUAUUAAAAACAGACAGGACUCUGGAGUGGAAAUCACCGCAUGGACUCAGAACCACUUCAAAAACCAUCGACUGUAAACCCGGGUCAUCACUUAAUCCACUAAUGAGGUUCAGACUGGACCAGGAAA